AUGUCAGCGCUUACAGCAUGCAAAUCUUACUCGACAAUUUUUCAUUGGAAAUUUCUUUUCUUUUUUUCUUUCGUUCUUCAGUUUUUUCUCUUAUUGACAUUUUUCUCUUUCUUUCUGUUUUUCUUUCUUCAUUUCAUGUUUUCCUUUUUAUUCAUUUGUCCGUCUUCCUUUUCUUUCAUUCUUUGUCGUUUAGUGACUUUUUUCAUCUGCUUUUUCUUCUUUUUCUAUUUGCUUACUAAUAUUUGGCGUGUAAUUUCCUCCUUUUUUCUUUCUUUCCCUCAUUCCUUUCUUUUUACGUUAUAUUUGUUAUUUCAUCUUUCAUUAGUUUCUUUCUCUUUUCUUCUCUUUUUCUUUUUCAUUUUUUUUACCCAUUUUUAUUCUGUUAGUGCUUUAUCUUAUUUUCCAUUUUUUAAAAUCUUUCUUGAAUCCUUUUUGGAUUCAUUUCUUUCCUCUCAUUUUUCUCUUUUCCUUUCUUCGCUUUUUUCUUUUCCUUUCUAUUUCUUUAUUCUUUUUCUUUCCCCCUUUUUUAUCUUCUAUUUUCCUUUUUCUUUUUUCCAGUCAUUCUUUUUAACCUUAUUUCUGUUUUAUUUGUUCCUUUCUUUGGUCUUUCUUUAUGUCCUUCUUUUUUCUUUCCUUCUUUUUUAA